AUGAGUCGAGUCUUUCAGCUUCCUAGUGUGAGUUUGCUAAUAUUCACCUUUUUGGGUUUUGGUUGCUUAUUCACUCAAAAGUAUAUCUAUAUGCUUGUUUUGUUCUACCCUUUUUGCCAUUCUGAUGUUGAUUAA